AUGCCUGGUCUCUCAGACAUUCUUCCAGCACUUAAACGUCGUUCAAGUAGCAUCCGCCAACGAAUUCGAACCAUUAGCACCAGCUCUUCCGCCAGUCAGCAGCCUCGUUCCGACUACCAGUCUUAUUCCGUCUAUCGCCAAAUUUCCAACUUCAUUCCCAUCAUGCCUAUUCCCCCCGCGAUUGCUGUCCUUCAGACACCAGACGUGGCCGACAAAAUCCUUGACGCGAUCCUCGAGUUACCCAAUGGCAAUGGCCGACGUGGAGUUUUAAAGCUGGCUCAAACUUGCCAUGCUUGGCUUGACCCGGCGUUGAACGCUCUGUGGCGAGAACUCGACUCGUUUAUUCCGCUCCUCGGGUUAUUCCCAACCGCUUUGUUCAAGAGGGGGAAGAAGCCUGGUCAAGGAUUUGCAACGCCUCCCACCGAGGGCGACUGGACCAAGGUCAUUCAAUAUGGAGCCCGAGUGCGCAGAAUCACAUACGACGAAAUUUCGAACAAUGUUUCCGCCACCAUUUUCCCGAUCUUCGAAGAGCUCCGGCCACGCACAUAUAUUCUCCCUAACCUUCAGCAACUCACUUGGAGAAUCACCACUCCCGAGAACCUUGACCGCGCGGCCCUCUUUUUGUCGCCUGAGCUCCAAGGACUCGUGGUUCAUCUGGGCGUAGGUGGGAAUAGGUUUCCGACACUGCCUGCUUUUCUUGCGGAUGUUGGAGGUAGAACCAAACUGUCCGAGUUCUCGUUAACAACCGCCGCAUCCCUUCCGGAUGCAUUCACCGACAUGAUGCAAGCUCAAGACGGCUUGGAACGAUUGGCUCUCCUUGCGCCCGGAGCAUUGGCCACCAAUGUCGGCAGAUGGGUCGCUCACUUGCCUCGCCUGAAAAGCUUCCAGCUCGAUCUGUUGGGAAAAUCUGCCGCGGCAGUCAACAGCUUUUUCAGGGACGUCAGGACUGGUCAGGCGACACCUGAUUCGAUCGAGUCCCAUUCCGAUAGCGGCGUGUUCUCUGCCGAGGACGAAGUCGACCUGACCGAAGUCAGUCGAUCAUUGGUCAGGCUGGAUAGGAAGAAGAGGACCAGCAGUGUUUUCCCUGCGCUGACGCAACUCCACCUGACCGGACAAGUGGGGAACAUUGUCCUGUUUCUGGCGCAGAUAUCGAGCCCUUUAACGCAACUCGGACUUGUCAUCGAAGACCCUCCUAAUGCUGCAGAGUGGCGAAGAUUUUGUGAACUUCUGGGAAACCGUUUUGGUGAUACCCUGACUUCGUUGCGGCUGAGCGCAACACCAUCGUCCAGGUUUGGCGAACUUGUCCGUUCGACAUCGAGAGCAGCACCGCCACCUAGCCGACUUUCUCUCCAACACUUGUCAUUCCUUCCAUCCCUUCGUUUCCUUUCUAUCGACCUCCCCGAAUCGACAUUGUUCGUCAAGGCUGACAUCGCACACCUUGCAGAUGUAGCGCCUAAUUUGGAGGAGGCCAGACUUUGCCCUUCAGCACGUUUCUUGCAAUCCACACCACCCCAGCUCACACUGGAAGACCUCGCACCACUCAUUCAAAACUGCCGUGAGCUAGUAUCACUGGCCGUUGUCGUUAACGCAAGAGGCGGCAAUGCCGACCUCUCUGUGUCGUCACAUUCCUUGCUUUGGCUUAAUGUCGGACAUUCGUGGAUUUCGGAUCCGCUUCAAGCUGCCAUUCUCUUGAGCCAGUUUGGCACCGAUCUCACGGUGAGAUGGUUCACUGAGCGGAACCGCCCAGGCUUUGUCGAAAGUAACUCGAGAGGUUGGGCUAAAGUGGUGGAGAUCCUCCCCCACCUCCAAAAUUUGCGGUUGAUGGAACGAAGAGCAGCAGCGCUGCGUUAUCCUCCCCCAAAACCCUUGCCCCCACCACAAGUUGUGAAGGAGGUCAUCACCGAAUACAUCGAAGUCCCCGCCCCGAGACCUCCAACGGCGGAGAAGUCGAUUGAUGCGCGUGUUUUCACGUCAGAAAUGGGAGUCUUGGCUAGGCCAUUGACCUCGGAAAUUUCGGUGCAGGCGGUAGCGUCAAUGAGCAGCCACGCAGUCCAGGCGAGUCCUGAUCACGUGUCCAUUGCUGUCGACGCAACCCCGGAAGUGAAACACAUCGAGGUAGAUGCGACCGUGCUGGAUGCAGUCAAGUUGCGUGAAGAAGGUGUUUCCUCUCCAACCGAGUCGCAUGGCCCGGCAGUGUCCCUGACUUCGAUUCUCUCGCUGGUUGUGAUGCUGCGAGCCAUACUCUUCUAUCCCUUCCUGCUACCUCUUCGGGUCCUCUCCUCGGCAGCCGACCUAGUCAAGCGCAAGUCGAAGGAAGACGAAUCAGGCCCAGAGCUCGCGUUGGACACUCUCAAUGAUGAAUCGAUCCAUGAUAACCUUGAGAACGACCGUGAGACUGAGCCAAAGCCUGAAACUACAGACAAACCUGAGGUUGAGCGAUGGGUGCCCAGGGCAAAAACGCGUGACACUAGUCACGCUGUGACAAUUAAGCCGACGCGCGUUCCUCUCUACUACAUGUCGGACAACCGCAAGCAAGAGAAAGAUUUUACAACUGAGGUCGACGCACUUCUGCCAGAAGCUGCUUCUCUGGCGAAGGCCGGCAAACUUGAACCUGCACUUGACAAACUCCUGGUCCUUGAGAAGCAAACGCGAAAUGCUGCAGAUCUGUCUUCAACGACCCGCCUGGUAAAAGCCGUUACCCAACACUGUUAUGACGCGCGCAACUACGACCUCCUCAACUCGAACGUGUCCAUCCUAAGCAAGAAGCAUGGGCAGCUUAAAGCCGCCAUUCAGGCCAUGGUGGAACUUGUAAUGGGCUGGUUGGAUGACGUGAAAAAGUCUGCAGGGAUCGACAAAUGGCUUGAGUUGGUGAACACUCUAAGGUCGGUUACUGAGGGAAAGAUUUUCUUAGAAACGCCUCGCGCCCGUGUCACAUUACUUCUUGCCAAACACCAUGAAGGUAUCGCGGAAAAGACCCCCAAGACCCCAGCGUACAAAGAAAACAUGCAAACCGCAUCUGAGCUCUUGUCCGAUCUCCAAGUCGAAACCUACUCCUCCAUGGAUCGCCGGGAGAAAACGGAGUUCAUCCUCGAACAAAUGCGGCUGCUUGUAAUCGUCGCACGACUGAAAGACAGCGAGAUUGACUCGAAGACGGGCAAAGAAGUUGUCGUUGGCGGAGAGACCGAGUGGAUCAAGGUUCGCGUCGGUGGCAGGAAGAUUAAUGAGGACUUUUUGAAGCAAACAGCUAACGAGGAUCUCAAGCUCAAAUACUACGAUCUAAUGAUUCAACAUGCUCUCCAUGGCUCGAGCUAUCUUGACGUCGCUCAAUACUACCACAAAGUUUGGGAAACACCGUCGAUCAAGGAAGAUGAAGGCGAUCAAGGCAAAGCGGCUCUGGAACAUAUUGUCUACUACAUUGUUCUAGCUCCGCAUAGCAAUGAACAAUCAGAUAUGCUUCAUCGACUGUACACGGACCCAGCACUGCUCAAGCUUGAACUCCACCACAAUCUCGCCAAAUGCUUCGUGACGCGAGAACUAAUGCGUUGGCCGGGCAUCGUCGCAAUGUAUGGCGAAUUCCUCCGCAAAACACCAGUCUUCAGCUCAGAGAAGCGAUGGGAGGAUCUUCACACCCGUGUUAUUGAGCAUAACGUGCGGGUGGUAGCGCAGUAUUACUCGCGAAUAACGCUUCCGCGAUUGACCUCCCUGCUGGAUUUGGAUCAGAAGCAAACCGAGCAGACGAUCGGGCGACUGGUAGUUGCUGGAACGAUUUGGGCACGAAUCGACAGACCAGCAGGUGUCGUCAACUUCAGAAGCCCUCGAACGGCGGAAGAUGUGAUGAACGACUGGAGUUCAGACAUGCAAAAGCUUUUGGCCGUAGUGGAGAAGACAUGGAUGGGUAUGAAUGCAGCACAGGCCGCUAGUUCACGCGUAAAAGCAUAG